AUGUCCGGUUCUCCUCCACCGGAACCUCCUGCUGAACCUGCCCAGAUCGCCGGUCGAAGAAGAAAGCGAUCUCGAUCCUACUCUCCUCCAACUACAACAUCAACAGUCACCACGACGGCCGCCGCAGUUGCUCCCCCUGUAGCGCCGUUGGACAUCGCUGUCCCUCGGCCAAGUGCGGUAUCAAGAGGUGGGGAGACCAUUACCGAACUCGCCGUGCAACCAGGGCCGUAUGCGCUGAACUAUCCGCUACCCCCUGCUCCAUAUCAAUCUGCGUCGAGUUUACCACCGACAUCCUUUGGCGGACCUUCGCCACGGUUGGCACUGAGUCCUGUUUCACCACGCGCUACUCGAAAACCUAAGGCGCACGUCGCAUCGGCUUGUGUGAAUUGCAAGAAGAAGCAUCUGCGGUGUGACAGCAGUCGCCCAUGUCGGAGAUGUGUACAGAGCGGUAAAGAGGACUCCUGCAAAGAUGUCGAGCACAAGAAGAGAGGCCGGCCACCGUUGAAACCAGACGACGCUUCUUCAAGACGGCAGUUUGAGGCAACACUGACUCCUUUGUCCGGACGUCUAGGAGAAGCCCCGAGGAGAUUCGGGGAUCCGUCAAUGUAUGCCGCAGCACCAGGAUAUCCACCUCUGAGGCCGUAUACUGCAACAACACCUCGGUUGGGGCAGCCAAGAUCACCAGCCUUCACUUUACACGGCCCGGCAUCGAUAUCACCGAGUCUGGCAAUGGCAGAAGGGCCAUUUGUGCCUGCCUCGUCAAGGCAAUACCAUGGCAGCAUGGCUCCAAUGCCCGGACAGGUCUCCUCGUCCUACAGCCCUUCUCAACCAGAAUCAGCCUUCCGAACGCUAGGGUAUGCCAGUAGCUACAACUACCCGUCCCAGCAACAGCAAGUAGGACAUCAUGGAUAUUACCCUUCGAACCCUAUCUUUCCACGCCCUUCAUCAUCCUUGUCCUCCGAACAGCUGCCCCCCAUGAGCACAUCCUCCGGUCUUCAGCUACCACCGAUCCUACCAGCACCUCAAGGUCCGAUCGACCCAGCGAUCGUGCAGCAGUUUCCACAACAAACUCUCCCGAACCCACGAGGACAGCAGGGAAGCAGAAAUGAAGGGACACAAGGGCCAGAUCCAAAGAGACCGAAGAUGGACAUCCAGGGCAUCCUAGGUCCCCGAAAUGAAUGA